AUGGCAGAGCCUGAAGUGGCGGUCCUGGCGGACGUGGGGCGGGCUAGAUCCAACCAGCCCGACGCCAUCGACGCGUCCGACGCGAGGAUGACGCCCAGCGGACGCGUGCAAGAUACGUUGCGAUCACUGGAAAAUGCAUCCGCAAGGGCUCCGAAGCGAGUCACGGCCCGAACGACGCGGGUCUCAUCGGUCGGCAAUGAAGGCGAAAGAGUUGACGAGGUGAAGUCACGCAGCAGUGUGGAGACCGCCAAAUCGAUGAUGCAGAGGGUUCUAGAGAUGCUGGCGAAGAUGGGGAACGAGAUGGUGGACCUGAAACAUAGAGUAUCCGAGCAAAGCGACACGAUCAGGAAGCUGAGCGCCACGGUUUACAAGCAAAGCACCAUCAUUCAAGGACAGGAAGAUCUGAUCCGAGGCUUGGAGAGAGAAGUCGCCGCUUUGAAAGAGCAAUUGGCCCAGCUUACGCAGAAGCUGAAUGCUUCGGGUGAGGUGACUCUGUCAAGCGGCGCUCGAGCAACGUUUGCCGAUAUUGCGCGCACACUGCCAGCGAGCCCGCCGACGAGUCUAUCCAGCGUAGCUGUCCCAAGAAAGCAGCAGACAGCCAGCGAUCCUCUCCAUUGUACCAUCGACACAUCUCGCGCCAUCGAGACUGAGAUGAGAGCGAUGAACGGACAAGAGACCUGGAGAGACGAAGCCGAGCUUCAGAUGGUCAAAGAGGCUGCGCAGAAGACAGCCGUGGAAGGUUCACGAGUUAUGCGAGACCAGCUGUACCCGGUCCGAGUCGACAACGCCAACCGCACAGCAAUCCUGACGCGGAAGAUUUCCUGGUUGAGCAAACGAGAGUCUGGCAAAGCGUACGGGAGAUCGGUCACAAAGCAUAUGCAUGCAAGAAGCAGCGGACAUGCGGCAAGUGCGCAAAGGUUGGGCAUCACCACAGAGAGUGCACAGCAAUUGAGCCAAAAUGCGUCCCGUGUGGCGGACCGCACGAGUCGUUCAGCUGGAAGUCUGAAUGCGCACAAGAGUGAUGUGGUGCAGCAAAGCCUGAUGAACGACGCAGGCCUCAAGGACUUUGCUGUGCUGGCUCUUUCUGAGCCCAGUGGUGCUCCGACUCGAGGGGAGGAAGUGAUGGUGGUAUCAGUGUACGUGCAAGGAAAGAACGACGAGGCGCUGACGAGCGCGAUGGAGCUGCUGCACGACCUGAUCGAUCGCUUCCGUGAUGGGACAGGAAACCGCACAGAUGUGGUUCUGGCGGGAGACUUCAACCGCCACGAUCUCCUCUGGGGCGGAGAUGAAGUGUCAGCGAGCAGACAGGGGGAGGGCCAGCCCAUCAUCGACCUGAUGAACGACUUUGGUCUCAGCAGCCUCCUGCCGAGAGGGACGAAAACGUGGCAAAGGGCGGACGAGGAGAGCACCAUCGACUUGGUGCUGGCAUCGGCAGAACUGGCAGACGAGGUGAUAUCCUGCAUGACUCACCCGACAGAUCACGGGUCAGACCACAGAGCGAUCCAGACGGCCUUCGACAUUCAAGUACCGGAGAGAACGUUUCCACAGCGCCUGAUGCUCAAGAACGCGCCGUGGAUCGCCAUCGCAACCAGGGUCGAGGACGAGCUUCGGCCUCUUCCGUGGAGUCCGCCGCCAUACGCGAAGCGAUGGUGGACAAAGGACCUGACGCGACUGCGGCAAACGUACACGUAUUGGCGCAAUCAAGCAAGGGCGCAGCGAAGAGCCGGUCAACCGCAGCCGGAUCUGGAGCAACGCGCCAAGGACGCUGCCAAGGAGUACCACGACAACGUGCGGAAACAGAAGAAGUCCCAUUGGGACGACUUCGUCACCGACGAGAACAACAUCUGGAAAGUGGUCAAGUAUCUGAAACCCGGCGUGAAUGUGUUCGAUGACAAGGUGCCGCCGUUGAGGAGAGCCGACGGCUCGAUCACCAAAGGCAAAGGAGAGCAAGGUGAGGAGCUCCUGAGCACCUUCUUCCCGCCUCUGCCAACCAUGAUCGAACCGGAGGGUGAUGGCGGCCAAGUCUUGAAAGCGCCGGGGGAGGACGGCCUCCCUGUGAUUGUGUGGAAGAAGCUCUGGCACGUGGUCAAGCAUCGGGUGUGGACGCUCUUCGACUCAUCGCUUCGAGAGGGCGUGGUGCCCCAUCAAUGGCGGACGGCCAAGAUCAUCCCGCUGAAGAAGCCGGUCGUUGCAGAACGCAUCAGCUAUGCAGUCGAAGCUCAUGGGCUGUUGCCCGCGAACCACUUUGGUGCACGGAAACGCAGGUCGGCAGACCAAGCACUCGUGCUUCUGCAGGAGCGGAUAUAUAAGGCUUGGAGAAUGGGCAGGGUUUUGAGUCUCGUCAGCUUCGACGUCAAAGGGGCGUACAAUGGAGUUUGCAAAGAGCGGCUGCUUGAGAGGAUGAAAGCUCGAGGCAUCCCGAGUCGCCUGGUCAAGUGGGUAGACGCAUUCUGCUCGGAACGGACCGCAUCGGUGGUUGUCAACGGGCACACAUCCGAGCAGCAAGCCCUGGCGCAGGCCGGCUUACCCCAAGGAUCUCCACUAUCACCGGUGGCAUUUCUGUUCUUCAAUGCGGACCUGGUGCAGAGGCGAAUCAGUAACAACAGCGGCUCCAUCGCCUUCGUGGACGACUACUCUGCCUGGGUCACUGGACCAACGGCCGAGUCGAACAGAGAUGGUAUUCAGUCGAUUAUCGAUGAUGCGCUCGAGUGGGAGAAGCGCAGCGGCGCCACAGGGAAUGAUGUCAAGCCGAAGGACAAUGUGAAGCUGCUGGGAGUCAUCAUGGAUCAAGCACUUCGCUUCAAGGAGCAUAUCGCCGGAAUGGCCUCACCACGAACGGCAAGGCAACUGUUCACUGCGACCGUAGCGCCGACCAUGGAUUAUGCCUCCAACCGAGUCGGAGCCCAGGCGAUCACGGGAGGCGGCGUCGAGAUUCUGGAUCAGAACGCAGACGCUGCCGAGGACGCAUCCCUGACAUCCUUGAAGCUGAAGCUGAACAGAAGGUAUGCCUCGCCAAUGCAGAAGCUUGCCUCGGCGAUGGAAAGACUAGAUACCAAACGCCUGGAAACCAUCCACGAGUUCGCACUGGCGCCGUGGGACGACCGAGUGCAGGUAACAUAUGAGACGAACCGAGUGGAGGUGCUGAAGUCGGAUGACCCGGAGGACAUCACUAUCGCGACAUCCAGCUCUCAAAGGAAAGGCAAGGUCGGGUUGGGGGGCGUCGUUCGAGACGCUCUCCUCAACAGCGCAGACGAGGUGCUGGCCAGCUAUUCCGUCACUCUCGGCUCCAGUGAUGAGCAGAAUGCCUACACAGCAGGACUCGAGGCAAUCGCCACGGCCCUGAGGUGUGUUCCCAGGCCUUCGUGA